GUUGUUUUUUAUUGAAAUGAAUCAUUUAUUUUUUAAAAAAAGAUUCAUAACAAGUAAUCAUUUUAAUAUAAUUAAGUAAAAUGUAAUGCUAUUGUCUCCUUAAACUAAACAAUGGGCGACAAAUGGCAAAAGCAUUUGCCUAAAAAUGAUGGCAAAUGUGAAAGAGAUUUUGAGUUUAUCCAUGAGUGCGGAACCGGUAGUUUUGGACGCGUAUUGAAAGUCAAACAAAAAAAUGAUCAAACAAUACACGCCAUUAAAAUUAUAACAGAAGAGAUCAAUGAUAGCAAUUUCGAGACAUACAUUCAAGAGUAUCAGGUGCUCAAUGAAAUCAGACAAACAAAAGGAUCCGAUUUUGUGGUCCAGUUUCGCGACGCAUGGAUUGAUAGAAAUCUGAUUCACAUUCAGACAGAGUUUUGUGAUCACAAUUUAAGAGACAUUAUAAACAACAAGAAUAUCCUGUUUAAGGAAAGUCGUGUUGACUACAGUUGGGCACUGAUUGAGUAUUUCCUCUCUUGUGAAUUACACGAACAGCUCGUCAAUUGUCUCAACUAUUUGCACACAUUUUCGGCGCCAAUCAUUCACAGAGAUCUUAAACCGGAAAAUGUUUUGGUCAUUGAAAAUGUGAUGGUCAGGGAUCAGCCAUUUCUUAAAAUAUGUGACUUUGGUUACGCCAAACUUCAGAAGUUUAGCGGACAGUCCAACACCAGAGACAAGGGAACAGUUAGAUAUAUGGCACCCGAAGUGGUUCACAGCAAAUAUUAUGAUAUCAAAUCGGAUAUUUAUAGUCUGGCACUGAUAUGUCAGGAUAUAUUUGAUAUUAACCUCUACUCUUUCAAAAAGUCAUUGCAAUGCAAACAUUCAAAACUCAUUGAAAAGUAUAAAUUAAUGGAACCAUUGGUGUUGGAUAUGCUUAAGUACCCGUCCUAUGAUGACCGACCCAAUUGUCAUCAGAUACUUGAAAGGAUUAAGGGAUGGUAUCUCAACGAUGAGAAUAUAAUGUCUAUAACACAACAAUCGGAUGUUUUUAAAAUUAUUGAAAAUUACAAAAUCAAAUUUUUCCAUAACUUUCUCGUCAAUAAACUUAACGCUAGACUUUCAUCCGGUAGUGAUGUUGUUAUCUGUGAUUCAAUUGACAGCAACGAAGACACUGAUUUGAUUGAUGAUAAUAUGAAAUCCCUGUCCAUUGACGACACAUUUCACGAAGUAAGCCAAUUGAAUGCUACACCGGGCGAUAUAAUUGAAGUCAAGGAUAGGGAUAAUAGUGAGUCGACCACCAUUUGGGCCAUCUAUGUAGACAACAAUGAGGUGAUCUAUUGUUCGCCCAGUGAUGGAGAUAAUGAUAACGUGAUAGUAAAAGACAAUAUAAACAAUGUUACUCAACAAAAGUACUGUAGAGUCAAUAAUUUGGUACAGUUUUCCCAAACAAAAGGUGUUGUCAUUCAAGAUACCGGUGCUAUCAUCGGAAAAGCAGUGGAAAUGUGGCAAAAUUUUGGUCUCCGUCGGACACUAUUCAACAGUUGUGACCAUAAUUUGCGAAUACAUUUCGUUACCAAAUGUCGGUUUGGUUGGGAAUUUUGCCAACGGUUUGAGUGUUGCGGUCAACAGGAAGUCAGUCUAUUUGAACUCUAAUUAUAAAUAAUUUUUUAAAAAAUUAUCCAAAAAUAUUUUUUCUCCGGAUAUCCAGUCAAUACAAUGACAUAAAAUAA